AUGGAUAUAUUAUUUGUAGACAAUGGCAGACAAGACGAGAUUGAAACUUUCUAUGAAGCCUGCCAACGUCAUAGAGAUUUUUAUAGAGGCUACCCCAAAGCAUAUCAUCCAUUACUUUACUUCAAAGAGCCCACGUACUAUGGCCAGUGUCCACCGGAUAUGACACCGAUUUAUCUGGAUUACCCAAUGUUCUUUGUGAAGUAUAAACAGCCCCUAGUUUUGCCGAGUUCUACUGGUCGUACAAGUGGAAUGCCAGCGCUCCCAAGCCGCACACUGGGCGGACGCUUCAAUAAAGCUGCUUGCAAAGCUUUCGUUAGAUAGGUGAAUAUUUAUUAUUUUCGCAUCCAACAUCUCAUUACUUGACACUAUAGUUAUAGGAG